CACGAUCAGCGUCUUUGCGCUAGUUUACCGCGUAUGUUUACACAUCCAAAUUGUAUGCAUUCGAAUUUGGGAAAGUUAAGACAGGAUUUCAGGAACAGAAAUCAUCACCCAAACGCAACCUAAGCUGUUUUCCUGCUCACCUGAAUUACUCAUCACGAAACUGUAACCGGACCGUGCGUUUAUCUCAUUCUUGUCACGACCGGGAGUGUGAUGCGCAGUGGGUGAAGCGCAGCUUACCAUCAGCAGACGACACAUCAUGGCCGACGCAGUCAGCACGCCCCUUCGCGAGGAGAAAGUUGCAGUGAUUGGCAGUGGCCUGAUUGGACGGAGUUGGUGUAUGCUGUUCGCCUGUGCAGGCUACAAGGUGAGCCUGUAUGACGUGGACCCGGAGCAGGUGUCCCGGGCCCUGGACGACAUCCGGGUCCAGCUGGAGAAGCUUCAGGAGGAGGGGCUGCCCCGGGGUACUCUUAGUGCUCAGCAGCAGCUGGACCGCAUCUCCCCCGUGGGUUCCGUCAAAGACUGUCUUCAGGGCGCCUUCUACAUCCAGGAAUGUGUCCCUGAGCGGCUUGAGCUCAAACAGCAAGUAUGGGCAGAGUUAGACAGCCAGGUGUCGGGUGAUGUAAUCCUGGCGAGCUCUUCCAGCGCCUUGCUACCAUCACUGAUCUCCGAGAAACUAUCUAACAGAUCAAGGUUCAUCGUCGUCCACCCGACCAACCCACCUUUCUACGCCCCACUGGUGGAACUCAUCCCCGCCCCUUGGACUGCCGAGGACGUCGUGCCAACGACGAGGACGUUGAUGGACUGCAUUGGACAGGACCCCAUCGUUCUUAACCGGGAGAUUGACGGCUUCGUUCUCAACCGUAUCCAGUACGCUAUCAUGGGAGAAGGUUGGCGUCUUAUCAGGGAUGGUAUUGUGAGCGUGGCUGACUUGGACCGCGUCAUGUCGUCCGGUCUCGGUGUGAGAUACGCCUUUGUUGGACCCUUCGAAACAGCGUAUCUUAACGCAGAUGGUUUUGUAAGCUACUGUGACCGUUACCGGGACAUGAUCUAUCGAGUUCAAAGGUCAGCCGGUGACCCGGAACUGAUGGACGGUGACACGAUGGAACGCGUUCAGUCAGGAAUGGAGCAAGUGGCGGGUCCAGUGUCAGAGCUGGACAGCAGACGACAAUGGCGGGAUAGGAGACUUCUUGGCUUGGCCAAACUGAAGAGGGACUUGAGCGAGAAAUAGUAGCAACAUGGUCUAGGAACUGAUGCUGUCUUCAGAUGUAUGGAUUUGAGAAACUAUGCAUGUGUUUAAUUUAUGAGUACCUGCGUAUCACGUUAUGAAGUUCGUGACAGCCACAACGCUUUGGGACAUACACUAGUUUCUUGAGGAUAUGUCCAUUAGAUCGCUUUGUGGGGUGCAUCAGUUCUAGAUAAAUACGAAACUAA